AUGGCUACGGGAACUCACUCUUCACUAGAGAAGCUUAGACUUAUUUUGGGAGAUGACGCCCCAAUUGAUGCAAUCACACCAGCAUCAAUGCCCAAAGUGGCUCUGGAAGAGGACUUGUUAACAGAUGAUCAAGUGGAGAAUCAGUAUAUGGAAUCGCUUAGGAGUAUUGACAUGAAGCUAGCAGAUGAGAAAUACUACAAUAGCCAAGUGAGGAAGUUUCUCAAAGUGAAGAAGAAUAUUAAAAGCUCCAAGGGCUUGGUUGAGGAGCUCAUUGGUUAUCUUGGCAACUUUGAAAACAAUCUCUCAAACUUGUCAGCUCAAAUGAAUAAUUUGAAAAAUCAAUCCGAAAAAUUAGACAAUCAGUUGAGCGCCAAUUCUCAAUUCGAGAAAACAUUGGUCCCUAUUGUUACCGAUCUUAUUAUCUCUCCAGACAUCAUCAACUCGAUUCUCAAGGAUCCCGUCAAUGUGGCUUGGUGUGAUAAUCUUAGCUAUCUAAAUUUGAAAUUGGAAUUGCAUCAUCGUUAUCAGAAAGACAUUCUAGAAUACAAUAAAUCAUCAAAAGCCGAUGACAAAUCCAUUGACCCUCGAAGUCUAACCAAAUUCCUUGAUGAAAUGAAGCAUUUGCUUGACCUCUGCAUUCUCAAAUCGGUUGAAAAAAUUAAAGAUUUCCUAGUGAACAAAUUGAAGCUCAUCAGAUAUAGCAAGAAUUUUACUCUACAAGUUCUUCAAAAAAACUUACUAAAGUCAAAAGAAAUUUUCCAGUUUUUACUUACACAUAAUGAGCCUCUUGCGGUCGAUCUUCGUCAAGCUUAUAUAUUGACGGUACGAUGGUAUUAUUAUAAAAACUUUGGGAAGUACUUGUAUUCUCUUGAAAAAUUGAAAAUAUAUAAUAUUGACAAGGGCUAUUUGCUAGGAAACUCAUCUAUGGAAGCGAGUGAUCUGGGUGAUUCCACUGAAACUUCGUCUGCAAAGUUUACGAAGUCCACAUCAUGGUUGAGUCCAUUUACCAGUUCAACAACCAAGUCAGCUAUGAAUGCAAAGAGACCAGCUACAGUCGCGUAUAGUAAUUAUUUUUCAGUAGAAGAUCGUUUGAAUAUCCUCACUGAUGAUGACCCAACCGUAUUACCUGCUCAAAUUGCAGAAACUAAUCCUUUGACCUACUGGCUCGAAACACCGUAUCGUUCAUUUAAUCUUGCCAUCAUAGACAAUGGUACCGUUGAAUACCUCUUUCUCAGCGAAUUUUUCCAAAUCACCAACCAGGAUGAACUUCCAAAAGUAUUCCAGGAGAUCUUCCAAGGAAUUUUUCAGAUUGGUAUCAAUUUUACUAAAACUUACUUGACUAAUAAUACCAAUUAUGAUCUUUACUCGAUCCUUAUUUGCAUCAAACUUACAAAAAUUUUCUUAUUCAAACUCCAACAUCGAAAAAUACCUGUCAUGGAAAAUUAUUUCAAUUUGCAAUUAAUUACCUUAUGGCCAAAAUAUCAAUUGAUUGUUGAUGCCAAUUGUGAAAACAUUAAGAAAGCCCUUAUCAAAAACUCUUCUAAUUCAUAUUUCAGCUCAUUAACUGGUCCAUCGUCAGAGUCUAACAUGUUUGAAGCGUUUGCUCUGGGCCAAUCUACUAUUGUUCAUCCAGUUACGCAGCAAUUUGCCACUUUACUUACAUCACUUCUUAAAAUUGCCGCCAUUGACACCUCAAAUCCAUCGCUCAUUUCAGAUCUCACCAAUUCGUUUUCUAGGGCUGCUACUCCGCUGUCAGGGGAGUACAAGAUCCUGAAAUCACAUCAAAAAGGUGCGUCGGAGAGUUCUGAGACCUCUGGUGCUGCUUCUUUGAAUACAUCAUCAAAACCUGAAGUUCCAGAAACUGAACCCUUACUGACAAGCAUUGUGCGUUUGCGGAAUGAAUAUGAGAACGUACUCAAUAAAUUGAGCGCCCAUGUUGCCCCUAAGGAAGUUACCUCCAAGAAACGUGAAAGAUUCUUGUAUAACAACUACUAUGUACUAUUCAAUGUCACAUCUCAAGCUGAUGGGAAUAUUGCUUGUGCUGAGAAAGAGCAUUACCAGUUGUUGAUGGAAGCUUACAAACAGUCGCUAGUAUGA